UGGCAUAUAUUUAGUUCGGGGUUUUGGCAAAUCAAAUACACAGUCAAUAGUCACUCGUUUUCGAUAUCUAAUUUAUAGGCAUUAACCACAUUGACAUGGAAUUAGAAAAAGUAUCCAUAAAGAUGGGACUGGAUGAAACCAGUGUGAAGACCGAGCCUAAAGAAUUGUCUGUAAAUAGAAAUCCGAGCCUCGUUACUGUGAAACAGGAGCCUAGCGAGGGCAGUGCAAAUGUUGAUACAAGUGACGCAAAUGCAUGGACCAGUUCUUACGCAACACAAGAGAUUAAUGCAUAUUUGACAGAGCCUGAAGUGUUAAAGGAAGAGCCCUUUAACGUGGACCAUAUGAGUAAAGCAUGGGCCAAUCCUCAAGUCGAGGAGGAUAAGGAAGUGUUUGUAACCAAGCCCGGAAUUGUGAAGGUGGAGCCCUUUAGCGAUGACAGUCCUCCAUCUACAAGCCAGGCAGUCACAGCGGCCAACCCUUAUACCCAUGAAGUGGAAGGAACAGGGUAUGUAACAGAGCCCAGAAUGAAGGUAGAGCCAUUGUGUGAUAAGAGUUCUCAACCUUCUACUAGUCAGGCCUCAUGGGCCAGUGCAUUUGUAGAAGAGCCUGGUCUACAUGUGAAAAAGGAGAUAGAAGACGGUGAAAAUAUGUGUGCGACUGAGACAACUGCAUGGGAUAAGCUUUAUGAGAAACAUGAGGUUAAGGACGAGGUUGUGCUGAGUCCUGUAUCAAUUCACCGGCCUUAUGCUGCCUCUAAACUAAGAGAGAUGCAGACCAAAGCAGAGGAAAUGGCGCCAGAUGGGAACUGCUCUAACAAGCCAGAUUUACUUGAAAUAGAGCAUAGUCUUCAAAAUUACAUGUGCACUCAAUGUGACUACACAACAGACAACAUGAAGAGUUUAACGACACAUUUAAACACUUCGCACACUACAACAAUACUCCACAACUGCAAUCUCUGCAGUUACUCUACUCCUAAUAAAAUAUAUUUAAAACGUCAUCAAAACGUACACACCCGUAAAAAGAGUUUUAAGUGUAGUUAUUGUGAUUUUUCGUGUCUAAGAAAAUCAGAUGUAAAAAAGCACGAGAUGACUCACACUGGAGAAAAACCCUUCAGAUGUAGCAAUUGCGAUUAUCAGUGCAAUCGGAAAGGAAGCUUACUCAUCCAUGAGAGGGCACACACAGGGGAUAAGCCUUAUCAGUGCAGUGAAUGUGAUUACAAAAGUACCCGAAAAGAUAGCUUACAAAGACACCAGGUACUACACGCCAGUGAAAAACCAUUUGAAUGUAAACACUGCGAUUUCAAGUCCUAUCAAAAAGCAAGCCUGCGAAUCCACCAAAUGAUACACACUGGAGAGAAGAGAUUUGCAUGUAGCUACUGCGAUUUUAUAUCCAGGCAUAAACACACUCUACAGACUCAUGAGAUGAUACACACUGGGCAGAAACCAUUCGAGUGCAAGAACUGCGACUACAAGUGCAGGAGUAAAUCAGAUUUGCGAAAACACCAGACGACACAUUCAGAUGACAAGCCUUUCAAAUGCAGCGAAUGUGAUUACGCGGUACGCCAAAAAUCAGACUUACUCAAGCACCAGAAGAGACACGCUGGGAGCAAAUUGUUUCAAUGUAACCACUGCGACUACAAGUGUUGUCGUAAUGUUGAUUUACGAAAACAUCAAACUAUACACACGGAGGCGCAGCUGUUAAAAUGUGACCAUUGUAAUUAUGAAACUCUGCAUAAAUACGCUUUACAAAGACACCUGAAUACAUUGCACGUUAAUAAAAGUCGUCUUUAGUUGAUUAUGUAAUUAUUCGUGCACUGAAACAACUCUUCCAAAAGAUGUAAAAAAAUACAUGUGUUAAAGUAGCUAGCAGGGUGUAGUUUUUACGAAAGCGAGAUGCCGAAUUUUAUUGUUACUUAGUACAAACCCAGAUUGAAUUAAUUUGCUGAAAUUUCCGUGAUUGAAUAUGACAGUGAUGCAGUCAAAAGGUCGCCAAAGGAACUCUGUGAAACCGUAGCCAAAUUUGCGAGUUUGAACUUAUUAGUCUCGAAGAGGAA